UCAACGAGUGAUAUUCAAUCAAAUCUUUGAUAAACUAUACCAACUUAACUGAUAGAUCGUUCUCCGUGGAUCGUCAAUGGAAAUGGUAURUCUGCUGUCUCAGAAAUACAGAAAAAUGUUACCCGAAAGGAACUGAUUUAAAAGCGAAUUCAAGAUAGAUUGAAAGCUUGAAGGCAACACCCAAGACUGUUAUCCUUAAAACGGUUAGACAACUGGAAUUCCGCGGGCAAAGGCCUCUUACAUUAUCGAUUAUCGCCACAAGUAUACACCAUCGUCAUUCUGCUCUUACGAAAACCAAAAAGAAACAUAGAAGCUGUGAUUUUUUUCUGGGUUGAAGUUCUACAACCGCAAAACAAGCUUCGUGGAUUUGGUUGACAAUCAGCGGCUGUGAAGAUUUCUUUGUUCCACGAAAGCUGUUUUCACCUUGCGUCUGUUCUGGUCGCAUGGAAAAAGUACACUGAAGAACGUGUUCGUGCGUUUCUUACGAAAUAACGACCAAGAGAAAGUAUAAUAAGUAUAAUCCACAUCGUCUGAAAUACUCAGUGUCACUAACUGGCUGGAGUAAUCGUCAAGUGGAAGAGACCAUUUGCUGGAAAAAAAAUUCCGUUGGACGUGACAACCUUAAGGCAGGUCAUUUUAUCAGCGUAGCAAUUCAGAGAAGCAAAAACAAGUCCAUGCUGAGUAAUAAAUGAGACAAGAAUAUUGCUGGCAUCAAAAGAACAAGGCAAAAGCAAUUUUGAAAGUAAUUUUGAUGGACACAUAAAACAGAUAAUUGCCUUUUAGUCGCAAAAGAUUCCGAUAACUAAACCCCCAGCAUCAUCUGUAGAUUUGCAGACAAUAUUUUACAAGAAUUUUUCUAGCAUCAAAAGAACAAGGGUAAAACAUCUUUGAGGUAAUUCCGAGGGACACGAAAGGAAUAAUUACUCUUCACAGAAUUUCAUCAUAGGCCUAAAUCCUUCAAGCAACAUCUGUGGAUUAUCAAACAAGAUUUUUUCGAUAUAAAGCACGAAAAAGAUUUUUAAAUACUUUACUUUUUUAGAGACAUAAAAAGAGGCAGCUUCUUCGAAGGCAUUCUGACAGUGUGAAUCAUUUCAGGGGUGGAGAUCUACAAAGUAAAGACAGGUAAAGCAACUAAAUAUAAUAAAGCGAAGAAAAAAUCCUUCUUUGUAAUCUGAACGACCAAAACAAGAUGAACUCCACUUCAAACCUAUCUUCGAUUGUGGCAAGUGACCACAUUCCUCCCGACGCUUCGCUGGGAUUCGUAAUCUUCAAAAUAAUGAUCUACGUUGUGAUAGUUGUCAUGACUAUGGUAGGAAAUGUACUGGUGAUCACCGUGAUCCGUUACGACAAGAAAAUGCGUGGUUCGUCUCAUAUUCUCAUCCUGAACCUUGCAGUCUGUGAUUUGAUCACUCCGACCAUCAGCAUUCCAUUUGACCUGGCUUAUGAGGAGCUUAAUUACGCUUGGCCGUUUGGUGGUGUCAUGUGUAAGAUGCUGUGGCCUGGUCAGACGUUUACGACGACUUCGUCGGCUUUAAUUCUUACUGCUAUUUGCAUUGAUCGAUAUAGAGCAUUGGUCUAUCCAUUUAAGGUUCGUUGGGCGGGAAAAUUUUGCCUAAUGGUGUUCAGCAUGUACACCCUCGCUCUUGUUAUGGUGGUACCAUACAUGCUCGUUUUGCAUCUCGACGAAGGAGGCAAAAACGUUGAUUGCUCAGAAAAAUGGCCAAGUCCACAGAAAGCCUUUAGGAAGGCGUACACCAUCGUUCUCUUUCUUUCUCAAUAUGCGCUGCCUUUGGUUAUAAUGAUCACCUUAUACUCCAUCACACUUCGAAGCCUCUUCAACAAUUCCAAGCAGUUUCUUUCAGAAUCGAAUAUAAUGAAAACGGGCAGUCAGAUUCGGCAUAAGAGUCGCGACGAUAGUCAGCGGGAGUUGUCACUUCAGGAAAUUCGCAAAGAACAGCAUCUUAAAGUGACUAAGAUGUUCAUCACUGUUGUCAUCGUUUUUGCUGUCAGUAUGUUUCCGAAUCAAGUGCUGUGGCUUUGGGUUGAUUUUGGGAACUUGGUUAAUAACGAGUACUUCCCUAUAAUCGCCAUCAUUUGUAGAAUCUUCACCUAUUCUAACAGUGUUCUUAAUCCAUUUAUUUACGGGCUGUAUAGCAAAGACUUUCGUAGCGGGUACAAAAAAGCGGGAAGAAAGAUAUCAAAGGUCAACAAAAAGCAUCAGGCGUGGUAUCAUCGCUUCAAUGGGACGGGUAGAAGUCAGUUCCAGAGUUCGUGUAUUUCACGGGCCGGCAUGGAUGAGGGGAAGACUUUUAUAAAUAGGAAUAAAAAAACGUCCAGUGGUUCCAACCAAGGGUCUUCUAUGAAUCAGAGUAAGGAAAUGUCUCCUCUAGAAGGGGGUUCCAACUAUUCCAAAAAAGAAAAGAGCAUUUUUGACGAACAAAACCACCUACUUAACAAAAAGGGUUUUUCAGUGGGAGACGAAACGAGUUCGGCCCGUGUGGAAACAAGACCUCAAGUUUCGGCCGAUCCUAAAGACUUCACUCAAACUACGCAAUGUGAAGAGACAUUAACAGCUCUCGAGAAUAAAGUAGAGCAAGCAGUGGAAGAAGAGAGUGGGGAACAGGGAAAAAAAGGUUGUUCCUUGUGUGAUACUGAAGAAAAAAGUGACAGUGAUUUAAUAACGAAUAUUUACAAGCGCAUCAAAAGUCAAAAUGCAAAUAACGAGAACCGUACUAAUAAUCGAGAAAGCUUAAAUACAGAUUUAGCUGAUUACCUUAAUGAACUGGCCGAAACGCAGUGUUAGAUAACCUUAGAACUUCAAAGAGCAUUCAUGGUUAAUUGCAUUUAAAAACGUCGUAUUUUCGGCGACAACACGAACUCGCGUGUCUUUUAGGGCGCUUCCCAUUAAAUCGGAACCGAUCUCUCCGAACGGCCAGUUCUCAAAUGGUACCCGUUACUCCAUGCCAGUUCUUAAAAAUGUUUCGGGCCUCGUUGGUCCAGAAAGAUGCGAACCAUUUCAGAAAUGAGCGCUCGGACCGAUCGGUUCCGUGACUUAAUUGACCAAAAUCGUAAUUCAAAAAUUGGGUGCAAUGCGUACCGUUUAGAGACAAGUUUUUACCGUUGAACUAGUACUCUUUCAGUUUCAACUACAAAUUUUCAUUUAGCGUGCGCCGCUGCACACAGUCUCCAGGUAAAAGUCGCUUAGCAUCAUUCAUCUUCAUAUAUAAAUUUCAAAUAUUAUGUAAAUAUGUCUGUACAUUAGCCACUUUCUGGUGCGCUUAAAUUAUGUGACUACCUAAGCUUGGUAGUGUAAACGAAAGGUUAAAUCACUUAAUUUAAGAAGGAUUGGCUUAAGGAUAGUUUCAAUGAAUCACAGUCGUAAUAUAUAUGUGUGUAAUAGGUAAGGAAGACAUGAAACCGACACUUAACGUCGAUCGCUGCAAAGAAGACGAGGAAUUUUGUUUGGAGAAGAUGGGGGCUGCCAAGAAAAUGCCAAGAAUUGGUCAUUUUUCCCUUUUGAAAUUAAUUUUGCGCUUUUAGGAAUUCGCGAAAACGCACUGAUAUCAAUGGAUGAGCCGUGCUACAUAUAAGGAAAGUUGGCGACAGGUUUUUGAGAAGAACAUUUGAUACUCUUGCUCUUUCUGUUACUCUUUUUCUAAUAUGGCGAGCAUAUGGAUGACAACAUCAAUGAACCUACCAUGACGUAGUCUCCCUCGCAUACUAAAAACGGAUGCGAGGGAUACUAACCAUGACGAUGCACCGUGCAAAUAUAAACUUGUAUACAAUUGUCAGUUCGAGUAAUUGCAGCCCGUUUUCAUACGCCGGCACGCAACCACUCAACACAGCCCAAAUUGUCUAGGUUUUGGUUUCCUGCAGGAAUUUGAUCAGUUCAGUGAAGCCAAAAAUAACAGGACAUCUUGAACUAUGGCUACUUUUGUGGCCUGCGUAAUGGUUAAAAAAAUGUUUUUUGUCGGUAUUGUAUUAAAGUAACGGCAAGGAAA